AUGGACAACAAUCCUCCUCCUGCUGCUGAUCAUAAUGGAAAUGACCAGCACAAUGAUGAACAAGUUCCUCACCAUGUACCAAGACAAGCUCCUCUCAUUGGAGCUUAUGAUGCACCAAAUGUCAAUGGACACCAAACUGGUAUUAGAGCUCCACCAGUUGAGAACAAUCACUUUGAGAUCAAAGCCAGUCUUAUCAACAUGGUGCAAGGAUCAAAAUUUCAUGGUUUGGCAAUGGAAGACCCCCUUGAUCACUUGGAUCAAUUUGAUAGGUUUUGUGGAACUGUUAAGAUCAAUGAUAUCUCUGAAGAUGCCUUCAAGCUUCGCCUCUUCCCAUUCUCUCUUGGUGAUAAGGCUCACAUAUGGGAGAAGAAUCUACCUCACAACACCAUCACCUCUUGGGAUCAAUGUAAGAAGGCUUCCCUCUCCAAAUUCUUCUCUACUACAAGAACAUCAAGGUUAAGAAAUGAGAUAUCAAGCUUUGCUCAAAAGGGAAAUGAGAGUUUUUGUGAAGCAUGGGAAAGAUUCAAGGGGUACAUCUCUCAAUGUUCACAUCAUGGUUUCUCCAUGGAGUCACAAUUGAGUACACUCUAUAGAGGAGUUCUGCCUAAGUAUAGAAUGCUACUUGAUACAGCAAGCAAUGUGAACUUCUUGGGUCAAAAUGCUGCACAAGGAAUGUUGUUGGUUGAGAAUCUUGCUCAAAGUGAUGGGAACUAUGGAGAGGAUUAUGAUAGAACUCCAAGGGACUAUACUGAUAUGAAUGAGAAACAACGCAAGGAGAUCAAAGCAUUGAAUGACAAGAUGGAUAAGAUGAUUCUUGCCAAUCAAAAGAUAGUCCACUUUGUUACAGAGAGUGAUGUCUAUCAAGGAUAUCAAGAAGGUAUGGAUGCUUGUGUUGAGGGACAAGAAGAGGUCAACUAUGUAGGUGGCCAAGGGUAUAACAAGUUCAAUCCCAAUUACCACAACCACCCUAACCUCUCUUACCGCAGCACCAAUGUGGAUAACCCACAAGAUCAGAGUUAUCCACCACAAAAACCACCUGGUUUUCCUUCCCAACCCAACUAUCAUCCAAAACCUCAAGGGAAUUAUCAUCCAAAACCUCAAGGGAAUUACCAAGCCAAAUCUCAAAGCUAUUCCCAACCUCAACAACAAAUGAAUACACCACAUCCUCAAGGUCAAGUAGAUGACACAACUGCUCUACUUAGACAAAUCCUUGAAGGACAAGGAAGAGGUGCCAUUGAACUUGCCACACAAAUGAAGGCCAUGCACCACAAGGUUGAAAAUGUCUAUGGUGAGUUAAAUGCUAAGAUUGAGAGACUGCAAACACAAGUCCAAGGACAAGCUUCCUCAUCAUCAACAAGACAAAUGGGUUCAUUAGCAGGAAAACCUGAACCAAACCCAAAGGAAAUUAUCAAUGCAAUAAUGCUGAGAAGUGGUAAGCAACUACCUACUAAUGAGCUCAAUAGGGACUUUGAGACUAAAGGAGGGGAGGUAGUGGUUGAGAUUGAAGAUGAUGAUGAGUUGGUAGUGAAAUACUUAGGUAAAUACAAAGAAGCUGAUGAAGUUGUGGUUGACAAAGGCAAGAGUAAAGUGGUUGAGGAACCAAAGCAAGACAACACCAUUAAUGAAGUUUUCAAGAAGAGUAAAGAGAUUGCCAAGGAGACUCUAUUUGUGCCUCCACCUUAUGAGCCAAGACUACCAUUUCCUGGUAGAUUUAAGAAGCAACAAGUGGACAAGUAUAGAGCUAUGUUUGAUGCUCAAAUGAAAGAUGUUGCAAUCACAAUGCCAAUCAUUGAUGCAUUUUUGCUGAACCCAUCAUACAACAAGUUCCUCAAAGAUGCAGUAUUGGAAAAGAAGAAAGCUCUUCAAGGAAUGGUAAUCUUAACCCAUGAGUGUGGUGCUAUCAUUCAAAACAAGGUAGUAGCAAAGAAGCUUGAAGAUCCUGGUAGCUUCACUCUCCCUUGCACAUUGGGACCUCUAUCUUUUAGCCAUUGUUUAUGUGAUAUGGGGUCUAGUGUAAGCUUGAUGUCUCUAUCAGUUGCCAAAAGACUAGUUUCACUCACUACAAGAAGUGCAUGA